CGCGCGAGGACACAGACGCUGUGUGAGGUUUCGGAUGUUAGUAAGCUCGAGCGCCACUCGCACAUAUGACAGGAUACAAGCUCGAAAGAAGAAAAUAUGCCAGUGUUCAUCACGUAUCAUGCGAUUUAUACAUCGCUGUGCUGAUUUCGUCAGUAUUACAGAGGUGAACGGCGAUGUCUGGCUGCGUAACGCUGAUUGACGGACCGGAGCGGUCGCGCGCGUUUUAACGCACACCAGUGUUUUCAGCUCAACUUUGCGAGAACUUUGCGGCAUCACUUCUCUUUUUGACGGGGGAGGUGAAACGACAACACAAAGCAUGGCGACACAAAACGACUGCUCUGUCAAGGUCUCUUUAAGGAUCCGGCCGCAGAUGGCAAAGGAAAAGAUUGAGGGAUGCCACAUCUGCACGCUAGUUACUCCGGGCGAGCCCCAGGUGCUCUUGGGUAAAGACAAGGCCUUUACGUAUGACUUUGUGUUUGACUUGGACGCUCAGCAGCACCAGAUCUACAGCGCCUGCGUUCACAAGCUCAUUGAAGGCUGCUUCGAGGGAUACAACGCAACUGUCUUCGCUUAUGGACAGACUGGUUCAGGAAAGACCUACACCAUGGGCACUGGCUUUGACGUGAACGUGUCGGAGGAGGAGAAGGGCAUCAUCCCUCGGGCCGUGCAACAGCUCUUCCAGGGCAUCCAGAAACGCAGACUAGAGGCACAGAGCGCUGACGUUCCCCCGCCAGAUUUCAAAGUCAGCGCCCAGUUCCUGGAGCUAUAUAACGAGGAAAUCCUGGACCUGUUUGACAGCGCACGAGAUCCCGAGGCUCGAAACCGAAAGUCCAACAUUAAGAUCCAUGAGGAUGGCAGCGGCAUGAUCUACACCACAGGAGUGACCUCACGGCUGGUCAGCUCAGAGGAGGAGCUCCUGCAGUGUCUGAAGCUGGGCGCUCUGUCCCGCACCACCGCCAGCACACAGAUGAACGCCCAGAGCUCCCGCUCUCACGCCAUCUUCACCAUCCACCUCUGCCAGAUGAGAGUGUGUCCUCGGCCACAGCAGGUGAACGGAGAGAUGAACGGUGUGUCCGACAGCUCUAUCUCUCAGCCCGAGUACGAGACGCUCACUGCCAAGUUUCACUUUGUGGACCUGGCGGGAUCAGAGCGCCUCAAACGCACAGGAGCCACGGGAGAGCGAGCCAGAGAGGGCAUCUCCAUCAACUGUGGCCUGCUGGCCCUGGGUAAUGUGAUCAGUGCAUUGGGAGAUCAGAGUAAGAAGUCAGGUCAUGUGCCUUACAGAGACUCCAAACUCACACGCCUGCUGCAGGACUCGCUGGGAGGAAACAGUCAGACUGUGAUGAUUGCCUGCGUGAGCCCGUCUGACCGGGACUUCAUGGAGACGCUAAACACACUGAAGUACGCCAACCGGGCUCGCAACAUCAAGAACAAAGUGAUCGUGAACCAGGAUAAAACCAGUCAGCAGAUCAGCGCCUUACGAGCAGAGAUCGCACGCCUUCAGAUGGAGCUGGUGGAGUACAAAGCGGGAAAGCGAGUGGCCUGUGACGACGGAUCCGAGGGCUUUAGCGAUCUGUUUCAGGAGAACUCCAUGCUCCAGAAGGAGAACGACACUCUACGUAUGCGGGUCAAAGCCAUGCAGGAAACCAUCGACCACCUCAACACUCGAGUCACUCAGCUGCUCACCAACGGGGUCAACCUGCUGCUCACCAAGACUGGUGAAACGAAUGAGGAGAUCGGCAAUCUAAUCCAGAAUUACAUUCGAGAAAUUGAAGAGCUGAGAUCUAAGCUGCUGGAGAGUGAGGCCAUGAACGAGUCUCUGAGGCGCAGUUUGUCUCGCCUCUCCGCACGCUCCUCGUACCCCGCCUCUCCAGCGCACCCUCUAGGCUCCUCCCCCUCGGUUUCCAUGGAUGCAGAGAUGACAGACGUGAUUCGUCAGGCCAAAUUAGAUGUGGAGAGGCUAAAGAAGAAGGAGAGAAAUCAGAGGAGGAAGAGUCCUGAGAAAGAAAAGGGUUUGAAGAAGAGAGCCAAACUUCAUCCUCAAGAAAACGGAGAAAAGAGUGAGAAUGGGCUGAGCCGAGAAAAUGAAGAGAGACGAGAGAAUGGAGAUGGAGACUCCGAUAAUGAACCCGAAGAGGAUGGCAUGUAUACGCUUGUGGAGGACGAUCACGAGGAGAGCGGCUGUGACGAAGAUGAGGAGGAAGAGGAGACCAGGGAGGAGGAAGAGUUUGACAGCGACGAAAGCCUGGUGGACUCCGACUCGGACUCGGAGGAGAAAGUGAACCUGCAGGCCGACCUCGCCGACCUGACGUGUGAGAUCGAGAUCAAGCAGAGGCUCAUCGACGAGCUGGAGAACAGCCAGCGGCGGCUCCUCACGCUGAAGAGUCAGUACGAGGAGAAGCUGAUUCUGCUGCAGAACAAGAUCCGAGACACACAGCUGGAGAGAGACCGCGUGCUGCACAACCUCAUGUCCAUGGAGAACUACACUGAAGAGAAAGCCUCUAAGAUCAAAUCUGACUACGAGAAGCGUCUGAAGGAGAUGAACCGAGAUCUGCUGAAACUGCAGGCCGCUCACAAAGAACACGCUCGUCUGCUGAAGAACCAGAGCCGCUACGAGAGAGAGCUCAAGAAACUGCAGGCUGAAGUGACCGAGAUGAAGAAAGCAAAGGUGGCGCUAAUGAAGCAGAUGAAGGAGGAACAGCAAAGGAGGAGGGCGAUCGAUGCCAAGAGGAACCGAGAAAUCGCACAACUGAAGAAAGAGCAGCGACGACAAGAGUAUCAGAUCCGCUCUUUAGAGUCGCAGAAGCGUCAGCAGGAGAUGGUGUUGCGGAGGAAGACUCAGGAGGUGACGGCUCUGAGACGGCUGGCUAAGCCCAUGUCUGAGCGUGCGGCCGGUCGACUGUCCCGCAGAAUCACCAGUGUGGACUCGGGAGCAGAGCUGAACACCAGCACCACGCCAACAUCCUCCGAACCCGAUUCCACACGCUCCGUUUCCAGCAUCAUACGCCACUGGAACACCAAAAUGAAUGGAUAUCUGGGAGAGAGCGAGAGAAAUGGGACUGGAGGAACCCUGGCCAGUAGCAGAAAAAAGUUCCAGCGAAAGGGUACGAGCGCAAGUUUCUCAAAGACGGCCCGUCAGAAGUGGCAGUCUCUGGAGAGGAGGAUCAUGGAUAUCGUGAUGCAGAGAAUGACCAUCACUAAUGUGGAAGCUGAUAUGGAUCGCCUCAUCAAGAAACGCGAGGAGCUGUCCAUGCAGCAGGAGGCGCUGUUACGCAAGAGAGAGAAGUUACUGAGCGAAGGCUUCGGUGAGGAUGAGGAGGACAGACUGCUUCAGGAGAUGAACGAGGAGAUCGAGGUUCUCAAUGCCAACAUCGACUACAUCAGCGACAGUCUGUCAGACUGCCAGGCCACCAUCGUUCAGAUCGAGGAGAGCAAGGAUGAGCUGGACUCAGUGGACACGUCGGUGGUCAUCAGUUCCUGCUCGCUGGCUGAAGCUCGCUCUCUCCUGGACUACUUCCUCAAAGCCUCCAUUGACAAGGGCUUGCAAGUUGCUCAGAAAGAGGCUCAAAUUCGCCUGCUGGAGGGUCAGCUGCGGCAGACUGAUGUGAUUGGCUCUUCCCAAAAUCACAUGAUCCUGGAUGCUCUAAGGGAAAAGGCGGAGUGUAUCCCUGAGCUACACGCUCUGAUCCACAAUGUCCAGCAAGAGAAUGGCUAUGCAAGCACAGAUGAAGAGGUGUCUGAGUUUAGUCAGGCGUCAGAGAGCGGCGGUUUCUCCCAAAUGAAGUUUUCUGCAAGUCAAGAUGACUUUAAGAUGAAGGUUGAGCCUCGGCUCUCUGUACAAAUGAAGGCGGUGUCAGCUGAGUAUCUGGGCCCUGUUCUGGACCUCAGCUCCAAGAGCAUCACCAAGUCCCUGGCUUCUCUAUCAGAGAUCCAUGAGAACGGCCUGGUCCUCAAAGAGGCCUAUUCCAGAGAGCUGGUGUCUCGAACCAUCAGCCUGCCUGUCAGAGGACACACUUUCCCAAGGCAGUCCAGAGGGUCCGACACGUCUCCCUUAACAAGGAGGCAGUCGUAUGACCGAGGCCAGCCAUACAGAAGUCCAGAUGUAGGCUACACCCCUCCGUCUUCCCCUCCGCUUCGAACACGUAACGACCGCAAUGUGUUUUCCCGUCUGACGAGCAACCAGAGUCAGGGAUCAGCGCUCGACAAGUCGGAUGACAGCGACUCCUCUCUCUCGGAGGUGUUCAGGGGUGUGAUCACUCCCACAGGUGGGCUGAAGGGGGGCAGGACGGCUCCUCUACAGUGCGUGGCAAUGGCCGAGGGACACACCAAACCUGUGCUCUGCCUGGAUGCCACUGACGAGCUGCUUUUCACCGGCUCCAAAGAUCGAACCUGCAAGAUGUGGAAUCUGGUGACCGGACAGGAAAUCGUGACCCUGAGAGGACAUCCAAACAACGUAGUGUCCGUCAAAUACUGCAGGAACUCCAGCCUGGUCUUCACCGUUUCCACGUCGUAUAUCAAAGUAUGGGACAUUCGUGAUUCUGUCAAGUGUGUCCGAACUUUCACGUCAUCGGGUCAGGUGGUCUCAGGUGAUGCCUGUGCUGGUACAACCACCCGCACCAUCACUACAGCCCAGGGCGAGUAUCAGAUCAACCAGAUCGCCCUCAAUCCCACCGGAUCGGUGCUCUAUGCCUCUGCAGGAAACACUGUCCGCACAUGGGACCUCAACAGAAUGCAGGCCACUGGGAAGCUGACGGGACACAUUGGGUCAGUCAUGUGUCUCACAGUGGGUUAUUCUGGAGGAGGCAAGGAUCAGGUGAUCACUGGAUCCAAAGACCAUUACGUGAAGAUAUUUGACAUUGCGGAGGGAGCCCAGGGCAACAUCGGACCGGCUCAUAACUUCGAGCCCCCUCAUUACGACGGGAUUGAGUGUCUCGCUGUGCACGGUGACAUACUGUUCAGUGGUUCCCGUGACAACGGCAUUAAGAAAUGGGAUCUGGGUCAUCAGGAACUGAUUCAGCAAAUCCCAAAUGCGCACAAGGAUUGGGUGUGUGCUCUGGCGUUUGUUCCCGGGCGGCCCAUGCUCCUCAGCGCCUGCCGGGCGGGAAUGCUCAAGGUGUGGAACGUGGACAACUUCACGCCCAUCGGAGAGAUCAAGGGCCAUGACAGCCCCAUCAAUGCCAUCUGCACUAACUCCAAGCAGAUCUUUACUGCCUCCAGUGACUGUCGUGUGAAGUUGUGGAGUUAUGUCCCCGGGCUCACGCCCUGUCUGCCCCGUCGGGUCCUGGCCAUCAAGGGCCGGGCCACCAGCCUCCCAUGAGCCUCCACUAACCACCUCCUGCCCGCUUCCCUCUGUGACAUGAGAGUGAAGAUUUGGAAUCCGAAGAUGGGGAAGAAAAGGUGAAGAUCCUCCUUUUGGAAAGCUUGUUAUCGAUGGUGCCUUUUCGGGCUAAUUGGACGCCACAACUUUAGGUGUCCCGAAACCGACCUUGGGAAGAAGUCCAGGGGUCAGCCGUCUCAAUCCAGAAGGCCACGUGACACAGCCGUCUGCUUUAGAGGACACACAACUCGCCUGGGGAACUGCCGGUUGGAUGUUUUAAGGUGCCAUUUUGGUGAUGCCGAAACUGUAUAAUCUGUACUAUGAAGUGUCCUUCUGCACUUCCUGUCCAAACGAAAACAAGUGGACUUCAUUUGUAGCUGCUGAUUUUCCUCUGGAAUAUUUAUCACGUCAAGGAAACUGAACGAUCCUUUUUUUUUAUUCUUAGAGAGCCAUAUGACUUUAGCCUUGACCUAUUUCCAGAGACUGAAUCACUUCUUUUCAGUAUCCAGAGGAUCUUGUGUUUACUAAAGAUGAGCAGGUGCGGAGUUGCCGUCAAUCUCGGCGUCCCACGUUCCCUUGAAACAUUGUGCAAUAGUAUUGACCACCACGUUUUUUCCGAUACCUUCCUCUUCAGGGGGGUUUCUCUGGACAUUUCAAAUAACUAAUGGCUUCCUUAAACAUUGUACAGCCCUCUUCCGAUAGGCUUUUUUUUUGCUUUUAACCUCGUUCGCUCCAUCCUGCUGUGAAUUUUAUGUUUUCUACCUCAGGUUUAAAGUUUCUUGCACUUCUUUAUGGUCUUCUAGAUGUGUGAACUGGUCUCAGAAGUGUAAAGCAGGACUUAUAGUCUGCUGAGUGGACAUUUUGAGGGUAAUAAGCACAUCUCAUUGGGGGACUGUAGAGUUUGGUGACAGUUCUAGGCAGAAUUAGAUGUUUCCUCAGUCUCAAGCGUGUGACCGAAGGCAUUGAUCCCCUGAGGACCGUAGAGAAGGAUUCAUGUUGCUGGACACAGUUCUGGUACGACAAACCGAAUUUCAGACGAUCUAACAAUGGAUUGUUGGAUAUUAUAAAUUUGGUAAUUUUGUUAGCCCUAUAUUUUUCUAUAUUAUGCCCACUUUAAAACAGAAAUGUUACGAGAAUUUGCACAAUACCUUUUAAUAUUUUCUUUCUUUCUUUUUUAGGGGACGGUUCACUCAGAAAUACAUUUGAAUUUCUUUCUUCUGUGGAACUUAAAAUGAGAAAUACAAUAGAUUCUUCUAAUGCCUAUUUUCCAUACAAUGACGCUCCAAAAAUCGAGAAAAAAAAGUAAUAGGCCUUUAUAAAUUUGGUGUUUUGAAGCUAAACAGUCUUAAAAUUCAAUUAGUUACUCAAUAAAUCUGUCCAUGUAUAUUCAAAUAUGCCAUUUAAAGAAGUCUCACAUCUAUAAUGACUUGUUCACUUUUGAAAAAACUUUUGCUGAUAAUUUACUCACCCCCAUG